AUGGAGACCUGGGGGAGGCUGCUCAGCCUGGGCCUCAUUCUUCUGUCUAUCUCCUUCUCAGAGACACAGAACUGCCAGGCCAACAUGCCAGGGUUACCUGGUGUCCCUGGCAUUCCUGGACCAGAUGGAAAUGAUGGCGAUGACGGGAAGAAGGGUGAAAUGGGACCACCUGGUUUCUUUGAAGGUUGGAACAAGGAGGAACAUCAUGGAGACCCCGGGCCUGCAGGAAACCCUGGAAAGGUGGGUCCUAAAGGUCCAAUGGGGCCCCCAGGACCGCCGGGCCACCAGGUCAGAAAGGGAGGAAGGGGGACUCUGGAGAAUACAAGACAGAUGGCCACUCUGCCUUUUCUGUAAGGAAAUUGACCCCAGGCUUACCCCGAAGAGAACAGCCUGUCCGCUUUGACCAGGAACUCAUCAAUGUCAACAAACAGUAUAAUACACUGACAGGAAAAUUCACCUGCCAGUCCCCGGGCAUCUACUACUUCACCUACCAUGCCACCUCCAGGGGUAACCUCUGCGUCAACAUCAUGAGAGGCAAACCGGGUACCAACAAGCAGAAGGUGGUGAACUUCUGUGACCAGGUCCUCAACCUCUUCCAGGUGACCACGGGUGGUGUGGUAUUGGAGGUGCAGAAAGAUGAGACCGUAUGGCUGGAGACCACCGAAAAGAACAACCUGCUGGGGACCGAUGGGGCCGAUAGCAUCUUCACUGGCUUCCUCCUCCUCCCGCUCUCCUGA